AUGGCGAAUUCCAGCUUCAGUACCGCAUUAAAGUCGUUUUGGCACACGAUGACCACUUAUGACAGACAUUCCUCCUUUGACUCACCCCAACGAACCGGCCGCCACGUUCCUCUCCGGGACAGCAGAUCCGGCAUGCUUACCGGCGUCGCCACGGCCUCUGACUCCCGCGCCGACGUUUCCAACUCGUACUUUGACGAAGGCGCUUCCUCCACCCGCUACGAAGGCGGCGGCGGCCCCUCCACCCCCAACGGCUCCUACUCGCCCGGCCUGCGCUCCUCGGUCGCCAAGCAGGCCAACGCCGACGGCUUCGAGGUCCAAGGCCAGGGCGAUGUCCAGAUGCAGGCCUUUUCCGACGGCUUGCCCCCGCCCCCUCCUGUCCAGCACUCCUGGCAUCGCAUAGACAGCUGGGCCGAGGAAAACUACUUUGAGCUCUUUGACCAGCUCGGCGAGGGCUGCACCAUCAACGACCUCAACGACCUCGAACACCAGCUCGACUGCUCACUGCCCCAGGAUGUCCGCGACUCGCUCAUGGUUCACGAUGGCCAAGAACGCGGCGGCACUCCCACCGGCAUCAUCUUUAGCGGUAUGCUCAUGGACGCCGAGGAGGUUGUCCAGGAGUGGGAGACUUGGAGGCGGGUCAACGAGCAGUACUUGUUGGACGCCGCCAACAACCGCCCUGUUCCUCGUCCUUCUAGCCAGGACAAUGGCGAGAGCUCCUCGCGCCAACGACCUCCCUCUUCCUCCUCCAACCCCGACGCCUGGCAAGAAAACCUGCUCCAGAAGCAGGACUGCGUGCCUGCCAACAGCAUCCGAAAGGCGUACGCCCACGCGGGCUGGAUCCCCCUCGUCCGCGACUGGGGCGGCAACAACUUGGCGGUCGACCUGGCUCCUGGCCCUGCCGGCCGUUGGGGUCAGAUCAUCCUGUUUGGCCGCGACUACGACACCAAGUACGUCGUCGCCCGCUCCUGGGGUGCGUUCCUGGCCCUUGUUGCCGACGACCUCAACUCGGGCAAGUGGUACGUCGACGAAGACACCAACGAGCUCAAGCUUCGCGAAUUCAAGGAGACUCGCAUUGAGCCGUCGUACUUUAACAUUCUGCGAUGGCGCAUGGACCAGAAAUACGGACGCCGCGCCGCCGCCGCCGGCAAGAGGAGGUCCAUGGCCUCUCCCAAGGCCGGAUCGCCCCUGGGCAGCCGGUCCGGCUCGCCCUACGCCAGCCCCGUUGACGCCCCCAACGGCGACGCCCGCGGCCGCUCGAUGCAGCGUCUUAAGAUAUCGUCGCCUCUGACCAGCCCCGGCCGCCGCGGGUUCGGAAAGCCCCCGCCUCUGAGUAGGGUGACGGAGGAGAUGGUGAUGCCCAUCCUGGCCGACGCCGAGAUAGAACCGACGACGCUGGUCGAGGUCGAGGAGGAGCCCGACUCACCCGGAAGCAGCCAGGAUCUCAAGAGCCCGAUGAGCGCGACGGCGAUGCCGCUCGCGGGCCGCCGCCAAUCCGACCUCCUCAAGGACAAGGAGAACGAGCCUCCCAAGGCCAACGGCAAGCAGCCCGAGGUUGCCGACGGCGCCAUGAAGACGAUUGAGAUUUAA